AUAAUAGUAAUAUUUCGGCGGAAGCUUCUGUUGCAGCUCUCAGAAAUUGACGAGAAAGUUCCCGUCAGAAUUCGGUGGUUUAUAGCGUUAAGCAAAAACCCAAAAUUCAAAGUCUUUUCGUUUACCUUGUUUCCCUCAUUCCGGUUUUUUCCUCUCUCUUCUCUCCCACAUUCAAUUUCAAAGGCAUAGAGUGAGAUCGCCGACGAUGAAGAGAGUAUUUGGUGUCAAGAAGAACAAGGAGCCUCCUCCUUCCAUUCAGGAUGCUUCUGAUAGGAUCACUAAACGAGGUGACACGGUGGAUGAUAAGAUUAAGAAGCUUGACGCCGAGCUAAGUAGAUAUAAAGAGCAGAUCAAGAAAACUAGACCUGGUCCGGCCCAGGAAGCUAUUAAAGCUAGAGCCAUGAGAGUUCUUAAGCAGAAACGAAUGUAUGAAGGCCAGCGUGACAUGCUUUACAAUCAAACGUUCAAUCUCGAUCAAGUUCAAUUUGCUUCCGAGGGCAUUAAAGACGCCCAACAAACUAUGUCAGCUCUGAAGUCUGCUAACAAGGAGCUGAAGGGAAUGAUGAAAACUGUGAAGAUCCAAGAUAUUGAUAACUUGCAAGAUGAGAUGAUGGACCUCAUGGAUGUAAGUAAUGAGAUCCAAGAGACUUUGGGUAGAAGCUAUAACGUGCCUGAUGACAUUGACGAGGAUGAACUUAUGGGUGAACUAGAUGCAUUGGAAUUAGACAUGGGAAAUGAGACUGAAGCUGAUGGGGUCCCAUCCUACCUCCAACCCGAUAAAGAACCUGAUUUGGAGGCAGAGCUUAACUUACCUCCUGCUCCAACAGGACAAACGGCAGUGCCACCUGGCAGAUCCAAUGCCCAGACUGAAGACGAACUGGGUUUACCUGCUGUCCCUCGGGCAUCCAUACGCGGUUAAAGAUUCAUUUUUUUAUUAUCGUAGUGCAGUCACGAGAAGCCCUUGUAAAGAUGUUGCCAUUAUAUACUUUUAUCUUUUAUUUUUCCUUGUAAUAAACCAUGUGAAAUCGUCCUUGUUAUUUGUAUGAAAGGAAAUACUUGAUACUUGAUUUAUAUACACAACCUUCCUUAUCCAAA